AUGGCCAAUCACAUCAUAUUGUUGUUAGCUUUAUUUAUUACAUUUUUUUACACAUCUAAUAGUAGUAGAAUAGCUCUUCCUCCUUCACCAGAUCCACAUCCUGUUCCACCUCAGCCGAGUCAGUAUACUACAUCAAUUAUAUUAAAUGGAAAACCUGCAGUCUACUAUGCAGAUACAACGGUUUAUAGAGAUAGACUCGAUGAAAUUAACCAAAAUCAUAUCACAAUUAUAGACUUCCAAAAUUUUCGACAAUAUGUCAUAUCAGGAGAAGCGUGUUCAUGGGCUCAAAUUCCGGGAAAAAUAAAACCUAUGUUGGUAUUUCCAACUUAUGACUUUAAUGGAAAUCUAACACAUAAUAACACCUUAUGUAAUAAAUGGAGUGGCUGUCAUGAUUAUGAGAUACCUCCAGCACCAUUUUAUUAUUAUGCAACAGUAAAAGGAAAUAUACCAGUGGAUUUAAAUUUACCUACUAUUGAUGUUAAUAUUCAUUUUUCUAACUUUACUUAUGGUCCUCCGCCGUCAUCCGUAUUUGAUAUUCCAAAUUUUAUUAUUAUAUCCACUGAUGAUAUUCUGAUAUUUAGUAAAGAUGAGCGUAAACGUUCACAAUUUAAUACCACAUUUCAUGGAACACCACCUAGUCCAUUAAAAUCAUCACUUAUCAUACCAUUGGAACAACAAUCGGAAUCAAGUCUGCGUCGAUUAACUGCCAAAUAUAAACGUGGGCCGCAGUCAAAAGUUAAUCCAUCAAAUACAAAUGAGAAUAAUGAUUAUGGUGGAGAAACGACACCAGAAGUCGUCGAACAACCGAAAUUUUUGUACAAAGCUUCUGUUACUCAUAAAGUCCCUUUUCAAGAACAAGUACAAUUAGUAACUUAG